UCUCGCCUUGCCAAAUGCCAACCCAGCACGAAACUACGACUGCAAUAGUCUUUCAACUUCCAAGCUCAUACUGAAAACCGAUCUCAUUUCUCUACCAAAUUUCCAUCUGGUAAGUUCUCGAAUGCUAUAUGGGGACUGGUUCAUCGAAGAAUGUAGCUAGCAUCUCUGAUGGCGGCGAGAACCGGGAAGACCAAGGCGGAAGCACGCUGUAUGUCUCCCUCAAAAUUGAAGAUUUCAAGCUCAAGUUCAAAACCGAUCUCAUUCCCCACGUAUUUGGUUCCGCGCCGCUCGCCGGCUCCUGGGACUCCUCUAAAGCCCUUCCAAUGGAGCUCGAAUCAAACUCGACAUGGCAAUUACGCUUCGUUGUCCCGCCUAAUCACGAAACACUGGAGUUUAAGUUUCUGUUGAAACCUAAGUAUGAUAAUGGGCCGUGUAUCGUGGAGGAGGGUGCUAACCGAGUCCUCACUGGGGGGACAUUGCAAGGGGACGAGCGGCUGGCGUUGUUUAAGUUGAAUGAGGAGGAACUUAUUGAGUAUAAAGUGUAUAUUAAAGCGGAUUUAGUUUCUCCAUUUGAUCUUGCAGCAAGUUGGAGAGCUUUUCAUGAAAACCGCAAGCCUUCCACAGUUCGAGGGAUACCGGAUAUUAGUAUCAAUUCAGGCACAGAGCUUAGUGGAUUUUCUGCAACUGUGGAUCUUGAUCUUGAGCAUUAUGUUGUUCCAUCUCCAACAACAUGUGCAAACUCUGGUCUGGUUUAUGCAGCUAACCUAACAGAGACUCCAAGAUCAUUGAAUGGUUAUGGGGAGAUGGAAGUGGCUGUCCCAAAUCCAACAAAUGAGCCUUCAAGUUCUGCCAUACUUGAGUCAAAGUCUGUUGGAACUUUAUCUUUACAAAAGAAUGAUAUCCACAAAUGUAUAUCUGUGGAUAGAGGUGUUGGGUCUCCCAGACUACUUAAAUCACCCCGUACAACCACCUUCACUCUUGAUCUCAAUCUUAAUUUAGAAACCAAGAAUCGAAUGCCAGCUGCUGCUGGAGCUGUUGCAGCUGCUGCAAUAGCAGAUCAGAUGCUUGGACCCAAGGAGGACAGACAUUUGGCAAUUGUCUUGGUUGGUUUGCCAGCUCGUGGCAAAACUUUUACUUCAGCUAAACUUACUAGGUAUCUUCGUUGGUUAGGACAUGAUACCAAGAACUUCAACGUUGGGAAGUAUCGGCGCCUUAAGCAUGGAACUAAUAAGUGGGCUGAUUUCUUUCGAGGUGACAAUCCUGAAGGUCUGGAGGCACGAAAUGAGGUAGCUGCCCUUGCAAUGGAAGAUAUGAUAGCAUGGAUGCAAGAAGGUGGCCAGGUUGGAGUAUUUGAUGCCACAAACAGCACUAGGCAAAGACGGAAUAUGCUUAUGAAAAUGGCUGAGGGAAGAUGUAAGAUUAUUUUUUUGGAAACAAUUUGCAACGAUCCACAAAUAAUUGAAAGGAACAUUCGCCUCAAAGUUCAACAAAGCCCAGACUAUGCUGAAGAGCCUGAUUUUGAAGCAGGGUAUAGAGACUUCAAAAACCGUUUGGCUAAUUACGAGAAAGUGUAUGAGCCAGUAGAUGAAGGAUCUUAUAUCAAAAUGAUUGAUACAGUCAGUGGCCAUGGUGGACUAAUACAAGUGAAUGAUAUAAGUGGCUAUCUUCCAGGACGGAUUGUAUUCUUCUUGGUAAAUAUGCAUCUGACACCGCGCCCGAUAUUGCUUACAAGACAUGGAGAGAGCCUAGAUAAUGUUAGAGGCAGAAUUGGAGGUGAUACUGUGAUAAGUGAGGCUGGGGAGCUGUAUGCGAAGAAGCUUGCUGUUUUUGUGGAGAAACGGCUGAAAAAUGAGAGGGCUGCAUCUAUAUGGACCAGCACAUUGCAAAGGACGAUUUUGACAGCUAGCCCAAUUGUUGGAUUGCCUAAGAUACAAUGGCGUGCCCUUGAUGAAAUAAAUGUCGGUGUAUGCGAUGGCAUGACCUAUGAAGAAGUAAAGAAGAAUAUGCCUGAAGAAUACAAAUCACGCGAGAAGGACAAACUGAGGUACAGAUAUCCUAGAGGAGAAUCUUAUCUGGAUGUUAUACAAAGGCUAGAGCCCGUGAUUAUUGAGCUGGAGCGACAAAGAGCCCCUGUUGUGGUGAUAGCUCACCAGGCGGUAUUGAGAGCUUUAUACGCAUAUUUUGCUGAUAGACCCCUCAAAGAAAUUCCAAACCUAGAGAUACCCCUUCACACAAUAAUAGAGAUACAAAUGGGAGUCACCGGAGUCCAAGAGAAGAGAUACAAACUAAUGUAGUUGAUUUCUAUACUUUUACAUAUACGGCGUAUGGGUACUAUACAGGACUACUGGUUGUGGGUUUUUUUCUCUUUCUUUAUUAAUAUAAAAAGUUGUGCUCUGUAAUAAAAAUAAUCAAGUGGAGGUCCUUUUUCCGGAGGGGACUUCAGUGGAUCCAUGCGCAAAUCCCUCCUUGAGACC